CGCUCCUCUCCCCCCCAAAUCCAGCCGGAAUCCGGCGCGCCUCCCUCCCACGCUGCUCCCCGCGCGGCCGCGGCGGCCGCGGUCGCCGUCCGUCUGACCUCCCCGCGCCCUCGCCGGCGGGCAGCUCCCCGCUCCUCCCCGCCCCGCGCUCAGCUUCUGGUCCCGCCCCCGCGCGCCCCCCUCCAUGGCCGCCGCCACCGGGGCGCCGCUCGGCCUGAACCCGAGGCCGAAGCCGAACCCUAGCGCCAACUGCCGGUCGGGGGGGAAGCCCGCCGCGCUGGCCGACAUCACCAACACCGGGAGGCCCGGCCCUCCCAGGCACACCAUGGCCGACGUCCUCAAGGAGAACGCCAAGUUGGCUCAGCUGGUCGCCCAGAAAACCAAGAUCAUUGAGCUCAGCGGCGUUGAGAUUAACAAGCUCCGUGCUGCGCUGCACAGCACGCAUCAGCAGAACCUGCACCUCGCGCAGGCUCAUUCUCAGAUCACCGCGGAACUAAAUCAGGCAAAAGAUCGAGUAAAGGUACUGCAGCAUGAGCUUUCAUGCGCAACAGCAGUGCUUAAAGUAAAGACUUCGGGAAUUGAGCGAAAGAGUACGACUGCUGAUAACCAACUGCAAACAGAAAUAACUUCACAGGUAGCCGGCACAAUCCUCAAAAUAAAUGGCUCUUUGUGUUCAUCUAUAAUUCUAAGAUUCUUCCUCUCUCAUUUAAUUCAGGAGUUAAAAGCCGCACCUUCGAAAUUUGCACCAAUCGAAGCUCAUCAAGCUGAUAAUAAGGGCACCAGUGCUAAUGUGCACCAUUCAGUCGAGACACAAUCCUCUGUGCCAUUUAAUACAGACCAACCAGAAGCACCGCCAGAUAAAACGAAUAAAAGAACAUCAGUGAAUACGCGCACAAGUAAGCGAAAGUCAGAAUCAUGUGAAGGUAUAAAAGAGACCAACACAUGUCAACAGAGCCACAUACUUGAUGUGCAACCCACUGGAUCAUUGCAUCAUGAGGAUCAGAGAAACACAGGACGAAGAAGAUCUUCUAGACUAAACCCAGGGUCUUGUGAGAUGGCAGAAGCAUCUUGUGAGAUCUUGCAUACAGACACUGCAGUUCCUUCAUCUUGUAGUUUUAGUGUUCCACAACUUGAUGAACCAAAUAAUGGAGAAGACAUGCGGAAGGCAGCACAAGAUGAACUGUUAUGCAACACAGCAGUGCAUAUAAAGGCUUCAGUACUCAAGAAGGACGAGAUAAAUAAGCAUAUAAAGAAAGAAGCAAAUGUGCAGGAGGAGAUAACACAUUCUGUGGUUCAUAGAAUUGAGGACCCUGAGGCACAUCAAAUUGACAGUCACGCAACGAAUACGAUCCCAAUCCACCCAGCAGAAACUCAACCAUCUCUGCCAUUUAAUACUCAACAGCCAGAACCACCCAAAGAAAGAGCAAAAAAGAGGGGUGGACACAAACGGAAAUUGGAUUCAUGUGGAGGUCAAAAGGACUCAAACAUAGAGGACACUGAUUGCAAACUUGAUUCUACUUGUAGUGAACCACCGUACCAUGAAGAGACGAGAAAAUCUCCGAGAAGAAAAUCCUCAAGAAAGAACCCAGGAGAAUUUGGUGAGGCCACAAAGGAAAAUCUCGAGACCAAGCAAGAGGAAAUUAUUGCUCCUGUAGUCCCUUCCAGCUCAGAUGUUGUGAUGGAGCAGAGCAAAGAUGAGAAGCAAAGCGACAGCCGUUCCUCGAUGGAACCUUCUGAAGAGCAGGCGGCGGGGAGGUCCUUGGUGCAGGCGACAGGUAGAAGGUCUUCGAUGCGGGCAGCAGCAAAGGCUGUAUGCUACAAGGAGAUACCCGUGAACGUGAAGAUGCGACGACCUUAGCGAACAGCCAGUAACAUUAUGUGAUCGUGUCACUUGCGCUUGCUUUUUGUGGAGUAGAAUAUCAUGUUUGUUGUAUGAUUGUAGAGGUCUGUUGCUUCCCUGCAUGAAAUGUAGUAUCAUGUUAUUUUGCCAUACUGGUGAUGGACUGUACAGCGGUCCCUUUUGUUCCAGAACUGAUCAUAGCCAUUUGUCGUCGACAUGUCUGAAUUACAGUGCCAAUUCCAACAGCUGACCAUUGGUACUAGUA